GUGAUACGCACUUCACUUUAUUACUGUGAAACCGAUAGCCCGUAUAGUCCAUUACACGAUUAUGUACAUUUUACCGACACUGUGUUUAGCUCUAAUUAUAUGGUGCGCUAGGGCCUCUAAACUUAUUGAUGAUUUUCACGAUGCAAAUAGCAAAUUCACCGCCGAAGGUUACAAGAUUAUACGAAGGCUCAACCUUACCAGUAACUUUUUAUUCUGCCCUUUAUCUGCCCAAAUAGUAGUUGCAUUAAUUCGCGCUGGUGCGAAUGGUACAACAGCAGAUGAACUUGCUUUACAUAUACAUAACCCGAAAACAAAGCAGUUGUUCUCAAAAGUGCUUUCCAGUAUCAAAUCCAAACAGAAAUGUGAAUUUAAAAUGGCUACCAACUUAUACAUCUCUGAUAAAUAUCACGUUAAGAAGCAGUUCAAGAAUUUUUCCAAAAAGGUUUUUCGAGCUACAACUGAAGUUGUAAAUUUCAAUGAAACGAAAAAAGUAAUCAAUUAUAUUAAUGAUUGGGUUGCAAACCAAACCAAGCACAAUAUCAAAGAAAUUGUAAGUAGUCCAGACAUUCACAAAGGAACGGAGAUUAUAGCCGUAAAUGGGUUAUAUUUUAAUGGCGAUUGGUUAUACCCGUUCGAUCCUACAUUCACAGAUAGGAUAAGAUUUCACGUGAAUAACAACAAAAGCAUUUUAAUUAACAUGAUGAGAUCAGAAAAUAAAUUUAAAUAUCGUAAAGACGCGGUGUUGAAAGCUCAGUUUCUCGAACUGCCAUUUUACGACCAAGAUGUAAUUAUGACGUUUAUAUUACCUACCACCAGAUUUGGUCUUGAUAAGAUCGAAGAAAAUAUUUCAGAUUAUCUUCCCCAUCGAAGGUCUUUAAACUACCAUGCAGUUAGCGUUACAAUUCCUAUAUUUAAAGUAGAAUGCAACAUUGACCUCGUCGCGAUUUUAAAAAAUGUAUGUACAUUUCAGAUGGGCGUGCGGACGCCAUUUUCAAUAGGAGCAGACUUUAGUAGAAUGAGUGACACUACACCAUCUCCAGUAGUGGGGAACAUCAUUCAGAAAACGUUUUUGGAAAUCAACGAAAAAGGAGCUACGGCAGCAGCUUCUACUGCGGUAGUUAUUGAAGGUAGAAAUGUACCACCACGAAACAUUUUCUUGGCGAAUAAGCCAUUUUUGUAUUACUUAUGGCACAAGAAAGUUGGAAUAUUCUUUAUAGGCAGAUAUACUAGCCCAAAGGAAUAGUAAACAAUAAAAACAGUAAAAAAUAUAGCAUAAAUAUCUUGAAGUACUUACCAAAUAUGUAUUACUGAAAUUCUUUAAGGAAUGGCUAUUAGACUACAUCUCCAUUCCCGAGGACAUACAAUCAGAAGCACUACUAAGACACUAAGACAGUACCCAGCUAACGCCAAAU